GUGGUGGAUCUGUUGAUUGAACACGAUCCGGAUUCGCCAUUGUCGAAAGUGAUUGUACGGAUGUUUGGUGACGAAAGGCCGAAAUACUCAGAAGCUGAAAAACGUGAGAGGCAUUUACUGAAAUUGGGGCAUCCUGCUCCACACAUGACCAAAUUACUGAUGGAUAUUGGUCAGGAUCUUGUCCAAGAGUCUACGUAUUCCGAUAUUGUGCAUGCAAAAAAUUUGCCGGAGACGCCAAAGAAUAUGGAAACUUAUAAACAGGUGGCUCAGCAGUUGAAGCCUGUUUGGGAAGCGUUGCGGAAGAAGAAUGAAGCAUAUAAGUUAAAGCAGUACACUUGCCAGUUGUGUAACUUUCGCACUGAAUCGCGCAUCAUUCUUUCCGUUCAUCGUCAGACGCCCCAUUUCGAUGGACGAAAGUACCAGUGCGCUCUCUGUCCGGAGUUCUUCACCAAUGAAAAUAUGAUUUCGCAGCAUUAUCUGAAGGAACAUGAUUUGAUAGCUGGUAAAGAAGAACCUAUUCCACGGAAUCCGUGCCCAUGUUGUGAUGAAGAUUUUAUGUACAAGGGGCAGCGAGAUCAACAUCUCAAAAUGUGUCGGAGAGAUCUGAACAGAGUGAGGCUGAUCAUGGCCCCGAAGCAUCCGCAAGAUGUCAGUGGAAUAAAUCACUGGUUGUGGGAUAAGCCUCCUGUUGAUCCGACAAUAUUACAGCAACAGCAGGCAGCACAGAGGCAGCAGGCUGAGCAAAGGAUACGAGCGGCACAAGCUGCAGUUCAUCAGCAGCAGGCCAAGAUAUCUCCGUUGAUGGGAAAUCCAACCCUCAUUGCAGCAAUGCAGCAACAGCUGCAGCGUGCUGCCGCAGGUAGCAUCCGUGCUGCAGGAUUGCCGCUAUUUGCUCAACGUAGCGUGGCUGGCGGUGUUCGUGCUGCAAAUGUAGCUCAACAUGCAGCUGCCUCACUGGUCGGUCGUAUUAGGACGCCUGCGCAGCUCAGCGGGAUGCUAUCCGGAACCGGACACAUUUCCAGUUCCAACAGUAGCAAUGUCUGUGAGAUAUGUGAUCAGAAUGUACAGGACAGGGAUCGAUAUCUCACUCAUCUGCAAUUGUUCCAUAAGCAGAUGCGUGGAAAAAGCUCAGCUGAUAUGCAGCAGGUUUGUGUCCAGUUACUCUUGCCCCACCGCUGUCGCGAUAGAUUCUGGACGUAUGAAGGCCUGGAACGGCAUCUUGUGAUGGCGCAUGGCUUAGUCACCUCAGAUCUCUUAACAAAAGCGCAGAAGAAGGAAGACGGCGGGCGUUGUAAGCACUGUGGAAAGCAAUACGCCUUCAACAUGCUGCAGCAUUUGGUAACAGAUCACCAAGUGAAGCUCUGCUCCGCUGAAAUAAUGUACAGUUGCGAUGUUUGUGCCUUCAAGUGCAGCAGCUACAAUAAGUUGGAAACACAUUUGAAUACCGUGCAUCCAAAGAAUCCGGUCCAGAAUCCCGUUUUGAAUAAUGUCGCCUGCAGUCCCUCUUCCGGUAAAUUUUGA